CAGCGGAGUGGGUGCGGUUUGCUGUUGCUGCGAUCGCGACGACCACGAUCGCUUACUAUUAUUGCGCGUUGUUUUUACCCUAUCGACCUGAUCGCAACGUGCUACUACAACUGCCCGGAGCAAUAAGUGAUCAAGUAGUGAUCGCAUUUUAUUGAUACAAAACGCGAAACCAAUCGAGACGCAGAGAGUGAGUGCGCAAUCCAGAGCGUGGCUGUGUGUGUGCGUGCGUGUGCCCUGCCCGACACCGUUUACAACAGCAACAGUUACAGUAGUAGGAUUGCGCAGAGCAACAAAUUGUGAUAAAAAUGAAUGAAUGACAUAUGGUGGUGUGGUGUGGUAGUUAGGUACUGUAAAAAAUGGGCCCCGUCCAAUUCAUCACCCACCCAGUCGUCGGCUGCUCUCUAGAUAAAGCCACAGAUGCCGUCGUCGUCUCUCUGCUUCCCUAAAAGCCAAUCCAAGCAACCUUCGCAGCAUCAGCAUCACACAACCAGCAGGCAGUGAUGUGUUGUGUGUCUGUGAGCCAAUGAGUCACUAAAACGAACGGCGACGGAUCUCCGAAGCAGAUCGUGCAGAAACACGCACCGCAACGAUCGCCAAGCGCCCAUGCCUUUCAUGCUUUCCAUGGGUGGUGCUAUCAUCAUUGGGUGCAGCACCUGCAGCAAAGCGCACGUACCCGAAAAUGUGACAUUUACAGUGUUUUCCAAUCAGCAACGGGGUGCCAUCGUGACGAUAGAUUAGUGAAGAAGAGCAUCCCCGAUCGUGUGCGUUCGUGUGAUCGCGAGUGUGAGCGAAAGUGAGAGGGAGAAGAAGAUUACACAGAUAGGACUGCAGUAUGAGGCAGGUGGGGAGGAGCAAACGGUGGGCGACGGGAGGGUGGUGUUAUUGGUUCACGAUCGUGCUGUUCCUGCUCCUGCAUACUCUUGACUCCGUCCGAUUCGGUGCCCGUGCCACCAGCACGCCCGACAGUAAAUCGAUCUGUAAUGAGGAUGCAUACUGCACCUGCCGAAGCAGCGGCAGCGGCAGUGGUACCACUACCAGCAGUAGUGUGUUCGUGACGAUCGAUUGCGUGCUGGAUGGUGGUGACCAUGCGACACGCACCAAUGCCGUAAUCGGUGUCGCACCGAGCACGAUCACUACAUCGGUGUCAACGGAUCAGCACCAGCAACGACGGCGUCGGUUCGUACUCGACGGUCAACUGCACCUGCCACCGAAUGCAUCGGCCCUCAACAUACGCCUGAUCGCCGGUGCCCAGCUCUCGAUCACUCGCGAGUUUUUCCGGCAUGACAUCAUUAACCGACUGUGGAUCGAUGGUGAUGAUGGUGGUGAUGCCAACGGUCAUCACGCUGCUGGGACACGGUGGUCCACCGUCGAGUUUCAUGAGAGUGCCCUUUGUGACAACGAUGGCAGCUAUCCCGAGGUGCUGGUAACGAACCUGGGCCGACUCGUAUUGAAUCGGAAUGUUUCGUGCGGCGAGUAUCGGCUUAAUAUUACGCACGUGAGGGACGUUCAUUUGACGGAACAGUUCCUGGGUAAGGUCGAGGCCGAGGUUUGGAUACAGCACGUGGCCAAGCUACAGAUUGAACCGAAUGCAUUCGUCGGUUCACGCAACUCCAAGGUACAAAUCCACGAUGCCACCAUCGAGCGAUUGCCGCGGCUCGGUGCUUCCUUUCGGCUGCUGCAUUUCGAGCGCUGCAAUAUUAGUGAUAUCCUGCCGGAUGCCAUGGGUGCGAAUGAGGUGGACCAUAUCGAGUUUAUCGGGUGCCGGAUCAACCGACUGCACCAGCAAGCCAUUCCUGAGCGGUUGCUGUGCGUUUCGCUGACUUUCAGUGAUUGCAUUAUCAGCAAAAUCGAUAAGCAGUUCGUCGAUGGAAGCGGCCUGACGGAAUUCAAUCUGGAGCGCAACACUAUCGAGAAUGUUGCCCUGGGUGCGCUAACGUUCACAAGUGUCCGCACCAGCAUCAGAAACAAUUUCAUCGUGCGCACGGGCAAAGAUUGGUUGAACCAGACCGAAUGGACGAAUGUCACGAUCACGGGCAACUCGUUCGGAGAGUUCGAUGGUUUUUCGCUCAAUAGUAAACCCGUACCGAGCGCCGGUAACCAGCACUGUGUGUUCGGUAAUAACACGCUCACCAAGGCACACGCUCGGAGCUUUAGCUUCGGUCACCACUGCAGGAUGGAUGCGCUACACUUUGGUCGCAUCUGUGACUGUGCGUACGCUAGCUGGCUCGGUGAACUGUUCGGUUUACCGGCCACCGCAACCGUUAGCUAUCCGAUGACCUCCGUCGCUUCGUGCCAGGUGGAGGAAAGCCUUCGCUACUGCUUCAAUCAGAGCGGAGACGCACACGGUGGUGGCACCGAUCAGCGCGUCAAUGUACAUUACUUUCUGACCGAGUUCUGCCUCCAGCAGGGCUCGGAAAAGUGUUCCUCUUAUGCGACCGGUUCCGGCCAGGAAGCGCACCAGAAACAUCACAAACCACCGCCCAUGGUACCGCUCGAUGCC